CACGACGGUUCGCUAUUACCGAUAUUUAUGCGAUAUUAUGGCAAAUAUCGACUCCGAGAAAGACGGUUUGCUGUCACGCAAAAGCUACGACGCGGAUGCGCGGGAUGUGGACGAGGACGACGCAAGCGCUACUCGCGAAUCUAAGGGGGAGGAGUCCGAAGAUGAAAGCAAUGAAGAUGAAGAUGUACUUGAGGAUGACUACGAGAGUACUGCGACGGGACGGAGUAAACACGGAAUACAGAUUUCAAGAGGCGCGUUCAACUUGGGACGAUAUCGCGAGUUUAAAGAGAACGAGAUUCCCUUAAAGAAGACUGCGAAACGGUUACGGAAAUCUUCUAGGCGGCACAGAGAGCGUCUUAAAAGGGGAGAGAUGGAGAGCGAACUGCUAUAUGAUAUGGAAGAAGGAGGCCAGCCAUCGCAGUCGCCAUCGAGGUCUUCUUCAGAAGAGGAUCUGCAGCGCUCCCUCCAGGUACAAGAGCGACUAGACGUACAUUCCAUAAAGAGGCGAAAUUCAGCACAGCGAUAUUUGCUACACGCUGCAAUUAUCCUGCUCUUGCUCUCACUACUUUACGGCGCGUACCGAGCAACGCGCAACUCGAGGGAAACGCAAGAAAGACUUCGACUAGCAUUGCCCUUAUCUAAUGGCUCAACGCUUUUUGCGCCAACCACGAUUCUAAUCUCACUUGACGGAUUCCGUGCCGAUUUCCUACAGCGUGGAUUAACACCGACUUUGAACAAGUUUAUUCAGGAGGGCGUAUCGCCACUAUACAUGAUGCCGAGCUUCCCAAGCGUUACGUUCCCAAAUCAUUAUACAAUGGUGACAGGCCUAUAUCCUGAAGCGCAUGGGAUUGUCGGGAAUACAUUCUGGGACCCGGAAGAUCAAUCUGAAUUCUACUACACUCAUCCACAGCAGUCAUUGCAGAGCAAGUGGUGGGGGGGUGAGCCAUUAUGGCUCACGGCAGAACUUCAAGGCGUGAGGGCUGCAGUUCAUAUGUGGCCUGGCUCCGAAGCCGCCAUUGGCAAUGUUCCUACAUCCUAUGUAGAUAAGUACAACGGGAAGGAGGAUCUUAGCCGUAAGGCCGAGCGAAUAUUACAGUUGCUAGAUCUGCCUGGCCCAGACAGUCCUGCAGCAAUGAAGGACAAUCCGCGUCCACAACUUAUUGCAGCUUAUGUACCUAACGUGGAUGUUGAUGGCCACAACUAUGGUCCCAACAGCACGGAGAUUAGGCAAACUAUUCGAAUGGCCGACUCAAUGCUCGGACAGAUCUUUGAGGGCCUCCAGGAACGCAAUCUUACAGACAUUGUCAAUGUUAUCGUUGUCUCUGAUCAUGGCAUGGCUACGACUUCUACGGAUCGGGUCGUUCAACUUGAGGAUCUCCUGGAUGUCGAUGAUAUCGCUCAUGUGGACGGUUGGCCCUUGUAUGGCAUCCGCCCAAAAGAUCCAUCAAAGACUCAAGCAAUGUAUGAUCAACUUAAGCAGAAGACGAAGGAUAUGCCUCACUUGCAUAUCUAUCUGCGCGACAAAGAUAUGCCGGAACGUUACCACUUCUCCAAAAACCCUCGAAUCGCUCCACUUUGGAUCGUUCCAGACGCAGGCUGGGCCAUUGCGCCCAAGAAAGAAUUCGACGUGGCCAAAGCAAAAAAGGAAGGACUGAUAUAUCACCCUCGAGGUUUACAUGGAUACGAUUUCGAGAAUAGUCUUAUGCGAGCCAUAUUUGUGGCUCGAGGACCAGCUUUCCCGCAUCCAGCAGGGAGUAGAGUCAUGCCUUUUCAGAACAUAGAGCUUUAUAACAUCGUUUGCGAUACCUUAGGCAUCAAUCCUGCUCCAAAUAACGGAACAAUUAGAUUGCCAUUCAAGCCUGUAGGCCAGCACACAGAUACCGAUGCCCCACAAAUAGAGACCCCUUACGACCCACCGUCGGAAGGCGUGGGUAAAGAUACUGCCAUUGUUCCGCUUUCCUCGACUGAAGGACCAACUCCUACCCUCAACCCUGUUGAGCCGGCCACACUCCUGACACCAGAUCCUUUGGAUCCAACCAAAGCUCCGAAAAACCCGGUGCAAACAACACAGCCCGAGGAUUCUCACAAAGGAAAGCUGCACAAGUGGUGGGAGUGGAUCUCAAGCACAUUCGAGGAUGCGAAAAACAAGUUGCAGAGCAUGUUCGAGAAGGAAAAGAGUGGCGGAAAAGACUCGGCGUAAUAUGCCACUCAGAACGUAUUUCGCGCUUGGAUAACAAAGGUUCAAGGGUUUGGCGUUUAGGUUUUGUUUCUCGAUAUACCCUAUGCGAAAUCUGGAGGAUUAAUUUGUGUUCCCAGAGGUCUUCAUGGAAUAGAGGCGGGACCAGAGCUCAUCUUGAUGUAGAUCAUCGGCCUCCUGCUUUUAGGCUCGGCUUCAAUCAUAAAUCGUCAUAAAGAGGAUAGCUAAAUUUCCACAUAUCCGGUAGCAUGCUUUCAUUUUGUGCCAUU